AUGUCGACAAGACAGCUUCGAAAGCUGCAGAAGCAGCGGGAACUGGAAGCCAAGGCCAUCCAAGAGCCUGAAGGCAGUGAUGCCGACACAGACGAUGACGAGAGCGCUCCUAUAGUGGCAAAACCUCGGCCGAAUCUGUUCGCCGCGCUUCUGGAGGAGGAGGCCGAAGAGGAAGAUGAGGCCGAAGCCGACGACGCUGAUGAGAGCAAAGAGCAAGCACCAGCGCCAGACGUGCCAGCUCCUGCGGCUACCAGCCGGAAGACUAAGAAGAAGAAGAAGAAGGGCAAGAAGAAGGCAGCGGCUCCGACCCAGGAUGCCGAGCACAGCGAGGACGAUGAAAUCGACAGGGCCAUCAGGGAAUUGAAGAUUGAGCCGAAGCCUCAGGCAGCCUCUGCUCCGGGCACUACUCCCGCAUCCAAUAAUGGCCUCUUCAAGAUUAACCUGUACAACCUCAAGGAAGUCCAUGAGAUGCGAAACCUGUUUGGCCGAGAAACCAUUGAAUCGGCGCACGCAGAGGAAGCGGAGCAGCGCCGUCAAGGAUUCAUGCCGCAGAACGUGGACUUGGAGACGUUUCUGAGAGGGCCGCCAGGCGUUCGCAAGCUCCCCGAAGUCUCCCGGAGACGCAACAUAUUCAUACAGGGGAGAGAGCACUGGCCGAUGGGCUCCCCUGGGGGCCUCACUUUGAAGGAGCUCGGCAAGACGUACGAUGGAACCGGAGUCGAGUUUACCUUUUUCCACAACCAAGAGUACGAUCGGACGCAGCACAUGUUUUUCGCACAGGUGCAGAUAGGCGAUCCGAUGAGGAUGGUGCAUCUCCUCAUCAAAUUUCCCUACCAUGUCUCAACAUUACUACAAGUGAGCAACGUGGCGAAGCAGGACCAGAACAUGGCGCUCGCCUCGGAGCUGUGUGAGCGCGCCUUGUUCAGCUUUGGACGGGUGGCUCCCCCCUCAUUCAGACAGCACCUCGAGCAGGGAACGGCUCGUCUCAACUUUAGGCGGCCAGAGAACCGACAGCUUUGGCUGGCUGGAUAUCACUACAUCAAGAGCCUCAUCAGGAAGGGGACCUACAGGACCGCGCUGGAGUGGGCCAAGCUUCUCUACACUCUGGAUCGUACUGACCCUUAUGCGAUGAGGCAUCUGAUUCACUUUUUAGCCAUCAGGGCCUACGAGGCGGACUGGCUUCUCGAUUUCUUGAAUCAGCUGGAUCCAGAGGGCAACCGGGAAGACACGGUGUAUAUCCAGCAGAGCCGAGUAUUGGCGGACUUGCAGAUUGGCGACGAGAAGCAAGCGCGAGAGCAUCUCGCCGAGGGCAUACAACGUGUGCCCUGGCUAUACUGCGCCCUAUUUCAGGAGCUGAAUCUCGACGCACCACCGUCUGUCUGGGGCAUCAAUGCCGAAUCGGACACGAGCGCUUUCUGGGUGAAGCUGUACCUGUAUUUGGCCAAAGAUCUGUGGAACAACCCCCAAGCAAUUGGGCUUCUGAAGGAUGUGGCCAAGGGCCUCGGUCGGGUCGACGCAAAGUCCUUGCCACAGGACAAGCUGCCGAUUGACCUGGGUGCCGCCCGGCUGGCCUACAUCGACGGGCAGACUUCACUGCUGGCGCUGGUGCCGCGCAAGAUGCUGGAGCAGCAGCCCAACUACGAAUUCGACCCCCUGCCACCGGCAGAGAAGGAUAACAUCUUCACGGCGCAAGGGUGCAGACUCCCCUGGCUCGAGGAGCGACGGGAAGCAGUGCCAAGCUCGCAGCGACUCGACGCCAUGAUAGCACAGCUGGAAGAGUUCCUCGCGCGGCGGGUACCUCCGGCGACCCAUGAGGACGAGGACCGGCUGGUGGACGAGCUCCAGAACGGGGCCUUCCUCAAUGAGAAUCGCGAGGCCGAGGACGGCACCGCCGCGGGGGAGGCCGUGCCGGUGAGCAACGAAGACCGGGGCAUGAUUCGCGCGCUCGUCCGGAUGUUUGGCUUUGGGGGAGGCGCGGCGGCGGCGGACCCGACGGGGGAAGGUGAUGGCGCAGCCGGAGAGCAGUACGACUGGGAGGAGGAGGAGGACGGCGAUGGCUCGGGAACUGCGGAUCUCCCGGGGGCGUGGCCUUCCGAGGAGGGUCGGCGGGAGUAA